AUGGCCCGCCUUAUGUCUUUAUGCCUCUUUUUCUUUCUGUCUGUCGCUCUGGCAAUCCCCCUGAAUCGAAGAACGGUAUUCAACCCCCCCAUCCUCAUCCCGAACGAAACGACGGCCUGGACAGCUGGCAGCGUUGAGACGGUGACCUGGAAUGCGACGGGAAUUCCAGAAGGCGUUCCCGGCAAGCUCCAGCUGGGUUUCCUUACGUCUGAGAGCGAGAAUCUAUCCGUGAUCUUGGCGCAAGGCUUCAAUCUCACUGACGAGAAGGUGCAAAUUACGGUUCCAAAUGUGGUGACUCGAUCCAACUACAUUAUCGUCCUGUUUGGCGACUCUGGCAACCGAAGCCCAGAAUUCACCAUCAAGGGAAGCUCUUCUCCCUCGAGCUCUUCAGCCUCUGCAUCAGGAAAGACAUCUACGCCUCCACCAAUCCAAACAAGCACAACCACCCGAGUAAACACUCCUACUCCACCCAUCGCUUCUGUGUCGGACUUGUCCAUCUCCGCAUCCGGGACGACGGCGAGUCUGGCAUCGAACUCUAUAUCGAUAGCUUCUCGCAGCUCUGCUGCGCUGUCCUCGCCUCCCAGCAUGUCAUCGCCUGCACCCUCCACCAGCAUGGGCAGCACUAACCCAGUCACGAUCCGCCAGCUCGUGCUGGCCAUGGCCAUGGCCGUCCUCAUCCAAAACAUGCUGAGUGUUUGA